AAUGUUUAGGUUGUUGGUAUUUGCACUGUCAUGUCAUGAUCUUGAACUUAUUGCACUCGAAUGCCUCUUCCGGAAAAGUUGCGGAUAAAACUGAUCCCUCUGUUAAUGUUCAUCAGAUAGCAUUGGGAAAUGUUUCUGAAGGUGCAGUUGCCAUGGAAUGUGAUCAUUUCGGUAGAAGACCUUGACGCGAAGGGACUAAUGCUGCAGAGGUCCAUCGUAAUACGCCUCUUGGACGACUUCGCGUGCAAGAAGGCGACAAAGGACCUGGGUUAUUUCCUUGCUGUGACGACACUGGACAGCGUCGGCGAAGGGAAAGUGAGACAACAUUCUGGAGACGUCCUCUUCCCUGUGGUCUUCAGCGGCAUCACCUUCAAGCUUUUCCGGGGAGAAAUCCUGGACGGAGUCGUGCACGACGUCUUCAAGCACGGGGUCCUCUUGAGAUGCGGGCCUGUCAAGAAAAUCUUCCUCUCCAACCUGAAGAUGGCGGACUACAAGUACGUGCCUGGGGAGAAUCCUGUAUUCCUGAACGACAAGCUUUCCAAGAUCGGUAAAGAUGUGACGGUCCGAUGCAUGGUAAUCGAAACAAGGUGGCUCGAGGCGGAGAGGGAGUUUCAGGCGUUGGUCAGCUUGGAGGGUGAUUUCUUAGGACCUGUUUCACAGCAAGUUCGUCACAUAACUGGCAUGUCUCCACGACGCUGCUCCCUCUGUAAAUGAAUCACUUCAGAUGGGUUCUUCUAUUCCGUAAUAGUUCUGCUGGUUGUUAAUUAA